AAAAGGAACCAGGAGUAAUCUUAUCACAACGCCUGAGCUCUACUGAAUCUCUUCUGAAGUGGAGCAUCGGAUACUAACGAGGAAUUCGACUGAAAGGAACGAGAAGGAAAAGGCAAAGCAACUCAGCAGAUUUGAAGGUGGUGUGAACUAUAUUUGGAGAUGGAUUUCCAGCCGACUAUAAUUCGAGAAUCCAGCACAAUGGAGACACUGGAGAAGCAACUUAUCUGCCCAAUCUGUCUCGAAAUGUUUGAAAAGCCAGUCGUGAUCCUGCCUUGCCAACACAAUUUGUGCAGAAAAUGUGCCAAUGAUGUGUUCCAGGCUGCUAAUCCAUACUGGCAAGGUCGAGGUAGCAUGAUUUCUGGAGGCAGAUUCAGGUGCCCAUCCUGUCGACAUGAAGUUAUCCUGGACCGUCAUGGGGUAUACGGACUGCAGAGGAACCUACUAGUGGAGAACAUCAUUGAUAUCUACAAGGAAGAAGGCAUCAGCAAACCUUUUAAGAAAGGUAACCAGCCCAUGUGUGAAGAGCAUGAGGAUGAAAAGAUCAACAUUUAUUGCAUCUCUUGCCAAGUUCCCACCUGCUCAAUGUGCAAGGUUUUUGGAGCUCACAAGGACUGUGAGGUGGCCCCUCUACAGAAUGUAUUUCAACAGCAAAAGACAGAGCUGACUGAUGGGAUCGCCAUGCUUGUAGCUGGCAAUGAUAGGGUCCAAGUCAUUGUCGACCAGUUGGAAGAGACAUGCAAAAACAUCGAGGAGAACAGCAGACACCAGAAACACAUGCUCAUGGAACAGUUUGACAAGUUAUACACCAUUCUGGAGCAAAGGAAAGAUGCAAUGCUGCAAUCAAUUACCAAAGAACAGGAGGAGAGAGUAGCAUACAUCAAGGAUCUGAUCAGGCAAUACAAAGAACAUCUAGAGGCCUCCUCUAAGCUGGUGGAAAAUGCCAUUCAAUUCAUGGAGGAGCCUGGAGUUGCUGCCUUCCUUAUUAAUGCAAAGAAACUCCUGGAAAAGAUCAUUGAUGCCUCCAGAACUUCUCACAUGCUGAAACAUGAAGACGGGUUUGAGAACAUGGAUCAAUUUUCAGUGGAUUUGGAAAUUGCAGAAGAAACCCUGAAAAACAUAUCAUUUGGAAUAGCUGAAGAGGAGAUAGAAGAAGUGGAGACCGAGGAUGAGGAUGAAGAAGAAAAUCAAACUGACGGUCAGCAGUGAUGUUGCCAUUGCGGUGUGACAAAUCUUUGGCAUGGAACAUCUCUUGUGAAUUCUUGGGAUCGUCCUGGCCCCAAAUCACAGACAGCUGGGGAAGGCGGUAAAUUUGUUCAACAAAUUUCUUUUUGUUCAUAAAACGGUUUUGAAAAAAAAACAAAAAAAUGUUUUUAUAUGGUGCAAAAUUAAUGGUUUUGUACAUUUUAUAUAUUAUUUUUGUAUAUAAUACAAUGGAAUGAUAAUUCAUUGUACUUUUUUAAAACAACUUGAGAAUAGCUUUAAGUCCACCUUUUGCAAUAUGUCUGCUAUUCCAUUAGCUUUUUAGUUUCAGCACUGUUCCAUUACAAUAGACUCCAGUGAUGGGCUAAGUGCUUGUACAAAUAGUUUCCUUAAGUCAUUGGUCCUCGAACUUUUUGGGUUGAAGAAUCCUUUUCAAAUAGAUUACUAAUCACAGACUCCUCAGCCCAUUUAAAUUCUAACACUACUCCUCAAUUCAGAAUUUACAUUUCCGUAAGUAAAGUUAAUUAGUAUCCCUGUUAAGGGGACUUGCAUGAAAUUUUGCUAAAGCUGUCCAGUAUAGUGAACAUGCAUGCGAGAACCUGUAUCUUCCUUCACCUGGAACGUAACUCUACAGGUGCAGCAACAUGCCUAGUAAAUGUGCACCACACAACAUGUCAUUACUCUUCCUGGAUUGAGAUUAGGUUCUGUAGCUCUUGCUGAGAGCACUGGCACCAUUUCAGGUGUAACCCUCCACUACCUGCCUACUUGCUGCACACUGCUGAGUGUUUAAGGACAUUGUUCCUCCCACUCUGUUGUUUACUGUCUGUGCUAAACUAUCACUGGCACAAUGCUUUUCUGCCAUUGGGACACCGCCAGUAACUGCACUGUGGCUUUAGUAUAGGUCUGGUCUGGUCAAAGCCCCAGUUGCUGUACUCAGUAAACAAAGCUCAAAUUGAUCAUCAUUCCAUGUCCCCUGGACAAGGUUGACGUAGCAACUCCACCACACCCUCCCCCGUCCCCCUCUUGUCUGUUCUCUUGGGAUUCUCAGUCAAUCCAAGACCCCACAAAUAUGUGGAUCUGUUUGAGAACCUCAGUAACACUCAGUGGAAGUUUAAUGCAUUAUAGGAGGCAGGAGUAGAGCAAGGAAACAACAAGUAAACAUUAAAUCAUCAGAAGAUCGUUCUCAAAAUAAAACGAAUGCUGGAAGUCUGAAAUGAAGACAGGAAAUGCUGCAGUUAGGCAGCAGGUCAGUCAGUACCUGAAAGAAGAAGAGGUUUUUGGUUGUAGAUGAUUCUCAAGACCUCCAUUUUAAAUGACCCUGUAAGCUCCAUUAUGAUAGUUACUUCAUUUUCAUGCCUGUAUGUUGUUUGAAAUUAUUGAGCAUAAAUAAACUUAUCUAUAUAUGAUGUUCUCCAGAUUA